GGAGGAACAAUUUAAAGUAACCUAACCAAACUAAGGCCGGUUCCCACUAUUCCGCUUUCACGAUUCAGUCGACAUAAAUGAGGUCAAAAUGACGUACCAAAACAGCGGCCGCGCGGCAGGGACGAGAUACAUUCCAUCGGUCAAUUGCACGCCAUUUGUUGACAAACAUGGACCGCACUGACCACAACGACCUCUUGUAUAUAUUAUUUUGUAUCUAAGUGCUUCCAUUUCAUAUCUUCAUAUGUAGAAUAUUCAACAUCACUGGACUGGCACCACCGCCACUACCCCAGACCCGAAAGUUAACUGAGUUCAUCUCUGGACGGGGCUCCGCGCGGGGCUCGGGUUCCGUUGAUGACGUCAUUGAUGAUCGACGGAAACGUGAAAACGGAAUAGUGGGAAAUCCGGCCUAACAUGAAGUGAGCAAGCAGAGAUAACACACCUGAUGGCGCGGCUGGCUUGUGACUGGCUGGCACGUUUGGAUUCGCUGGCAUUAGUAUACACAGUCUAAUUUGAAUAUCUUCAUUAUGUUUCCUUUUCCACAAACUUCUAAUCAUAAAACACAUUGCAGGUGACUACAGUCACGUAAUAUCUGGACACCGAGCCCUUGACGAACGCCCGCCCGCAGACGCAGAGCACACCGAGCCGCUGUCCUUGCAGCCAUGGAGCACCUUCCUGCCAUGAGGACGCUGCUGAUCCUUGUUGCCGUGUUGGCAGCCACCGCCACCCCCACCGAGUCACGACAUACUCACGACCACGAGGGAAGUGACAACGACUUGGAGUAUUGGGACAACAACCCCGACACCAAGCCGGACACCGACACAGAAGAAUACGCGCGUGUCUGCGAGGAAGGCGAUGCUGAUUGUGAUGAGUGCCAACACUGGAUGGAAGGCUACGAGAGAAAUGAACACGACUGGGGCUACGGGGACACCAACGGACCCAAAUUCUGGCCGGCCACCCACCCGGAGUGCGGCUGUUCCAAGCAGUCCCCCGUGGCGCUCGACACAUACCAAGCUCUCCUGAACACCUGCUGGUCACCCUUCGAGUUCACGGGCUACGAUUUCUGGCCGUCCUGCAUGAAAGUAAUAAACACGGGGCACGCAGUCGAGUUGAGAGCAAAGAUCGACGCGUCUGUGUCUGGCGGGAACCUGCCCUGCAACUACACCUUCUCGCGGUUCCACUUCCACUUUGGCGCCGAGGACGACCGCGGCUCCGAGCACACCGUGAAUGGCGACAGGUUCCCGGCGGAGGUUCACUUGGUGCACUACCUGGAAAGCACCGGCAGCUUUGAUAAGGCACUGACACACGACAACGGGGUGGCGGUGCUGAGCAUGAUGCUGGAACUGUCCUCGGAGGACAACCCACUUCUCGAGCCCAUCGUUGACGCCCUCACAAAAAUAACCAAGCCUGGAGAGUCUGUCUCCAUCACCCCCUUCCCCAUAUCGUACAUCCUGCCGAACAACCGUGAUAGCUUCUUCCGCUACAAGGGCUCCCUCACCACCCCGGAAUGCAAGGAGGUGGUGGUGUGGACGGUCUUCAGGGAAACCAUCCCCAUAUCGACGGCCCAGCUGGAGGAAUUCAGGAAACUGAAGGGCGCUGAUGGCGAACCCUUGGAAGACAACUACAGGCCCACCCAGGAACUCAACGGUCGCCAGGUGUACAUGUCCUAGAUGUACCAAGUGCCAUGCCAGCUGCCCUUACCCUCACGCCUGAAGAUCCUGACAUCUCCCACACGUGAAGUACAAACACAGGAAAGAAGGACACUAGUCAUGGCGAUGGUGAGGGGGAUAAACACUGCCGCGCACCCCACCAUGACCGGAGUGUUGACAAGCCAAGCCUUCUUGAUUGAUCUCUUAAACCUUGCAAAGGGGUGCCAUUUUUGGUUUUAAUAUGGACUACAGGAGGCGGUCUCAUAUUUUAUUGUGCCAAGACUAGUUUUAAUGUUAAAAUAAAAUUGAUUUUAUCAGUAUA